GGCUGUCAGGGUGAGAGGGUCUGGGUGUCCUCAGGCUCUGGAUUUCCCUGGAGCUGUGGCCCUUGUGGACUGGGUAUACGAGCUGAUCUGGCUGUGCCAUGUAUUGGAAGAGUGAGCAAAUGUUUCUCUGCAAACUGGAAGAUCAGGAUAUCCCUGCUGUAUCAUCUGACAAGUUUGUGGCCCCCAUGUCCGAGGAGUGCGGGGCAGGAACCGCGGGCAGGAGCCGGAAGAGCGAAGGCGCCCUGAUACACGGCAGUCCCGCUGCCGCUCUGGAUGACGACUCCUGCUCUUCGGCUCCUCUGUCCCCGGCGUCUUCGUCUUCGCCCCGCUCCAUGCCGUCUGCCGGCGUCACUCAGGGGAAGAGCGUCUGCAGCAGCUGCGGCGUGGAGAUCGUGGACAAGUACCUGCUCAAGGUAAACGACCUUUGCUGGCACGUGCGGUGCCUGUCGUGUAGCGUGUGCCGGACGUCGCUGGGCAGGCACACCAGCUGCUACAUCAAAGAUAAAGACAUAUUCUGCAAGCUCGAUUAUUUUAGACGGUACGGCACGCGCUGCUCCCGGUGCGGCCGGCACAUCCACUCCACCGACUGGGUCCGGCGAGCGAAGGGCAACGUCUACCACCUGGCGUGCUUCGCCUGCUACUCCUGCAAGCGGCAGCUGUCCACCGGCGAGGAGUUCGCGUUGGUCGAGGAGAAAGUUGUCUGCCGGGUGCAUUACGACUGCAUGCUGGACAACCUGAAGAGAGCCGUGGAGAACGGGAACCGCGUCAGCGUGGAAGGGGCUCUGCUCACGGAGCAGGAUAUCAAUCAGCCGAAGCCGGCGAAGAGAGCGCGGACGAGCUUCACGGCCGACCAGCUCCAGGUCAUGCAAGCUCAGUUUGCCCAAGACAACAACCCGGACGCACAGACGCUGCAGAAACUGUCGGAACGGACCGGACUCAGCCGGCGCGUCAUACAGGUUUGGUUUCAGAAUUGCCGGGCGCGCCACAAGAAACACGUGAGUCCCAACCACUCAUCCACGGCGCCGGUGACGGCCGUUCCGUCCUCCAGGCUCUCACCGCCGAUGCUGGACGAGAUGGCCUACUCUGCAUACAUACCUCAGGACGGGCCGAUGCUGUCGGCUCUGCACAGCUAUAUGGAUGCGCAUUCUCCCUCGGCGCUCGGCCUCCAGUCCCUCCUGCCACAUUCCAUGACACAGCUACCGAUAAGCCACGCGUGAAGGACUUCCACGGGAAUGUAAAUGUUUUGAUAUAACAUUGAAUGGCUGAUCGCGUGUAGGAUGCGGUUCCGGACUCGCGGGUUCCGCGUUCCCUCUUGGUGCCGAGACCCCAUGGAUUCCUGUUUUCGUUUUUUGGGGUUUUUUUUGUUUUUUCGGCGUGCAGUAAAGCAGUUUCCACACCGCCGGGGUCUCCUUGAAGAGCCGCGACCG